GGGAAGCCUUUGAUUUCAUCCAUUUUUGGAACGAGUAUACACUGUUAUUGGAGAUAUUCUUUCUUAAUUCCAUUAAGAUUUCUUACUAAUUCACCGAUAGAUGCGAUAUAAAGUCAACCGGAAGUCAAAAGUAUUUAUAUUAGGUAAAUGGGAGCUUAGAAAAGUAUUGACCAGAUAUUACCCAUUUUUGGCACAACGUUGUCAUCAUGUUCCAACCAACAUAUGAAACAGGUUUCAUCAAGGUAUCUCAAUUUUUACUCAAGUUAUCGACUGCUCGGGCAGACGGACUCACAGGACCCGGAUUUCAACUCGUCUAGUCAACCUGGUAAUUUAUAGUUGCGAACAAGAUUUCCACAUGCUAAGUCCUAAACGUAGCGAACUAUCAAACUUUCAUAGUAAUUGCAAACAAGUUCGUUCAUAAUGGGACGAACUUAUAAAAGUAAUGCAUUUUUCUACAAAAUAUGUAAUUGCGAACUUUGCACCUUUUUGCACACGUGAAUAUAACAUGCUAGCCAUAUGCAUUGAAAAUUUCACUAUUAUUUUCCCAGAGCAAAUUUAAACAGUAAAUUGCUCCUAAUUGGACUUGCCAGUUCAAAAAACAUUGUUUUGAGAAAAACGCAUUUGUAGUUUUAGGGCCGUUUUCCCAAUGUCUGGUCAAUAUUAUUCUUAGCCGGUUGUAGCUUAACUGGAUGAUAUCAUUAACUGGCAGAACCGUUUUCAUCAAGUUGUGGUCAGCUAACCACAAAUACACAAUAGCUACAUACGAUAACUCGAUUCUUGUGAAUGCGUGGCGAAAACAGUUCACAAAAUUUGCGUUGUGAACACCCAAAACUGUGUAAACGUCAUGAGCCAUGUAUGUGCAUGUUCAGACGACGAGGUAAGACGAAGAGACCGCUCCGCUCGUGCUCGGGUGCCACGCUUCGUGUUGUUUUCCGUAACAGCUCACUGCUAAAGAAUUCGGCAUUCCUUUCAUGGUUGCAACAGCGCUCAGUUUCAAAGAAAUAUUUACCUUAUGUUCAGAUAUUUAAAUGUUAUUUCGCUUUUUUUUGCAUGUAAUAUGCAUAUAUGACUGCAAAAAUGUAUAAUAAAUAAUGAUCUUAUAGAUUUUAUAGCUGACAGCUGUCAUAUGAACUUCUGGUUAGAAACUAACCAAGAUUCGGUAAGGUUUACCAGAACUUAACUCACAGAUGGUUGCUAACCAGAUAUUGCCGUUAAAGUUCUGGUACAGCGCCAGACAUUGAAAAAACGGUCCUUACACUUACUUUACCGGUCACCGGCAGCUGCUACCAGAUACCCGCUCUCGAACGUUCCAGAGUGCCUAAAAGCCACUUGCUAACUAUCGAACAACUAAUAACAUUAUUUGUCUGAUUCACUUAAAAUUUUAUGAGAAUAAUUCAAAGAUGUUAUACUUUACAAAAUGCAAAAAAAAUCGAUUUUUAGAAAGUUCUGACUACCACUAACCCCAUAAUGCAACUUAUAACUAGUUCACAUAAAAUUUACUGCCGUCCCUAAAUAAAAGCGUCAGCGGCAAAUUCCUGUCAAAAAUUUCUCAUGCCCAUAGAUUUUAUAUGGCGCAUACCUAAAUAAACGCGGCGGCAACGCUGAGCGAUGAAAAAUUCGAUUUUAAGAGCGAAUUAAGAAAAAGAGUUGGUUGCAAAAUUGUAAUUUUCUGAAAAUAAAUGAAACGCGCGAUGUUUAACGUUUUUAUUUAGCUUUGCCAGUUAAAUGGCAAACCGAACCACGAAAUGUCAAGCAAAACGAAGAAAUCCGUAUGUGAACAACCCUUUACCUAUUUGCAUUUAAACAGCUGAUAAAUAGCUGUGCUCUUAAUAUUACAAGUAAAAAGCAAAUAAAAGCAAAUAAGUAAAAGUUUUGUGCAAACUCAAGUGAAAAAGAUGAGUAAAGUACCGCACAAUCAUUAUCAUUACCUACAGUUUACACAGUAAGCUUCUUGUUGAUACAUCUAUAAAAAAAAGAAAAAAUGGAGAAUAUAUAACACCAGUUGGAAGAUACGGUGACUUACCUUGUAUAGAAAUAUAAAAUCCUAAAACAUCUUGCACCUUUGCCGUGUAAGUCGUCUUAUACCGGUAAUCGUAAACGGGGUAUUGCGUUGCAAAAGUGCAAAAUGAAUCAUUUGACAAUGACUACAGUGUUGCCAUACUCAAAAAAGGAUAGGUAAGUAAAUUGCAACAUUCACAACGCGGAGUUUGCACUAAUUAACUGAAUGUGGCAAUAUCCAAGAACUUUUAAUUAUUUCGGAAUUCUUGUUGGAUAUUUUGCGUUCUGUGCAGCUUAUUUGUGUAAAAUAUGAAAAGGAAAUUACAACAAAAAAGAAUUAAGAGAUGGACACAAAGCGAAAUAAGCAAAAUUAUUGACUAUAUAACAGAACAUGGAAAUUUGGAGAAACCAACAGCACGAGCAUACUAUGAAACAUUCCUACAAAUUACGCCAAUCGAUGCGACAUGGGAUUUAAUAAAAUGGAAGGUGCGUUAUUUGAAAACACUCUACGCAAAAGCGAAUCAAUGGUUAAUCUCUCCUGAAGCUAAAUCACUAAAUGAGGAACUGGUUGUUGAGCGAUUGCAGAAAAUAUGUCCAAACUAUGAGCGUUUACAAAAGAUAUUUGGUGAAAAGCAAGCGCAAGUUGUUGAGAUUCUCGACUCAAACGACUCAUUUCCCGAUUGUUAUAAUGAGGAAUUUGAAGAAAAUAAUGAUAUGUCUGUGGAUGUAAAAGUAUUCGCUGAUUACAAUGCAUUUGAAAACUUUUAUCCAGAUGAAACUGAAAGCUUGAAUUUUGCAAAUAAAUUGUGCCCUGAAGUGGAAAUUACUCAAAUGUCAACCAAUUCUACACCAGCACUUGCCGAUGCACUACAUGAGCAGUUGAUUGCAGAAACGGCAACUGCCGAAACUUUGCCCAACACCAAAUAUGCGAACAAUGAGGAUCAAACGAUUGCAAAAAAACUGAAAAAAGAAUCGCUGCGACAUUCACUCUCCGCCUUAAGUCAAAGUCAGGAAAGCCGCAAUGAAAUGCAACGGCUACGAUUGAAAUUUGAAGAAUAUAAAUUCGUGCAAGAGUUUCAAUUUGUCAAACAAAAAUUCGAAGCCGAAAUGGAGUUGAAAAAGCAAGAACUCGAAUUAAGGAAAAUCGAAAUAGAAAGUAAUGAAAAGUUGAAACUAAUGGAGAUUGAGAAAAGCGAACGACUUGCUAAAUAUGAAUUAAAUUUGAAAUAUAAUGGUCACAAUGAUAGUUUGCACACAGAUUAGUGGACAAUUCAGUUUUUGAAUUGAAAGAAAUAUUUUUUUAUUGUGUUGCUUGGCAAAUGUUGUAUAACCUACAUUUUAAUAUUGCUUAAUUUUUCUUAGAGUUAUAAAUUUAAUUAACGUAAUUAUUUUUUAAUGCAUUAUUUGCUACCCUGAUAAGAACUAAAAAACUUCUAUCUAGGUAUUUUUUGUAUCUACAUACAUAUAGGGUUUGUUAUAUAUUAUAUGUACACAAAUCAAAUCAUAUUUAAUUUUCUAGACAUUAACAACACAAAUAUUUUCUAUUGCAACAGUCUCGAAUACCUUUGAGCAAGAUUUGGGCUGCAAUAAUAAACAAUGAGUCAGUGUUAUGGUGUCGACUUUAUAGAUGUGCGAACGAAUGCACAUGAGCUUUACAUGUAAUUCGUAGUUAUAUACGGAGUAAUGAAGUAGGAUAUGGAAACCAAAGCGAUUGUUAGCGCGAGGGCAAUCAUCAAAGAUUUUGCAUAACUAUUUUAAAAAAAUAAAAUGUAUCGAAAAUAUAUAAAAUUCUAUUUAAUGAUUUAGAAAGCAUAAGUCGUAUUCGUGGCAUUGUUUUUAACGCUGAUGAUUUACGUAAAUAAUCUGGAAUUAGAUUAUUUGCAGUUUAUCAGAUAAACUUUUUCAGAACAUAUAGAAGCAGAUUCCAUCUUACAACAUAUUUGUAUUAUUAUUAAAAGUUAAUGAAUAUAUAUUUAUAAAAUAUUGAA